CGUGGUAAUUGUUCCCGCUGCACAGAAGAAAAAGACAAAGAACCACAACGUUCCAAAUUUCCUUCAAGCAGGAUGGCAUGGGAUCCCAAAGGCCUCAUUCUUGCGGACCCGCCAACCAAGAAGGAGAAAGACGAUGCAGACGCGCAACCAAUAGGCAACGAAUCUCCAAAGCCAUCUCCGAAGCCAUCUCUGAAGCCAUCCCCCAAGCUAUCCCCAAAGCCAUCCCAAAAGCCAUCCCCCAAGUCUGUCCUGGAUCGACCCAAAUCGGUCCGUGUCAGCAUCGCACCCCAAGCCAUCGGAGACGACGACAUCAACGCCGGCAACAGAGACAGGGCCAGAAAAGAAAACAGAGACAGAAGAGUUCACUUCGACGUUCGUGCUGAGGAGAUGGGUGCGAACCCGCCCUCGUUUGGCUGGUUUGUCUGUCUGUCUUGUACCAUGUUCUCCCUUACCGUGACCGUACUGUUCAUUGCAUACUUCAUGGAGAAGCCACCGGCAAACAUGCCAUCCACCAUGGCAAACACCACGGUCAAUGGCAGCAUAACAGUUGCAAGUAGACGACUUGAGGAGACGACAUCACCAACGCUUGGGGAGGACGGCGUUCAAAACACAAUUGAUGUCAUCUACCAUGAAUGACUUUUGCUAAAGGAUCAUCAGCAAAUAAAGACACUCGACGCUGAGGAAGCAGACAACACUUCAAUGCUCCAUAAGAGAAAAUAAUUAAAUAGGCUUAGAAGCUCUCU